AUGACGCCCCUCGCGACGGGUGUUCGUACCUUGUCAACAUCUACGCAUCCUCGCACCCUCCUUCUAACAUUCGACGCGUUCGGUACCCUUUUCUAUCCGAACCCGACUGUCCCAGAACAAUACGCGACCGUCGCCCAUGAAUUUGGCCUCCCUCGAGAUGCCGUCACCCCGCAGAAAGUAAAAGAAGCCUUCAAGGAUGUCUACCCGGCCCACGCCAAACGCUGGCCAAAUUAUGGCCGCGCCGAUGUACUCCGCGGGAAAUAUGGCGGGCCAAAACAAUGGUGGGGGAAGUCAUACGAGAGAGUUUCACGCUCACUCGAGUUUCCUUCGGGUAUGGUGGACGUGUUGCUUGAUAGGUUCGCCAGUGACGAAGGUUACGCGCUCUACGAAGAUGUUAUCCCUUUUUUCACGCGCAUGCGUGAGCUGAGGAGCUUUCCGACCCAUCGAUUUGACCGUAUUGUGCUGGGUAUAGUGUCUAAUUCGGAUGACCGCGUUCCUGCUGUGCUGAAGGCGCUGGGACUGCGGGUAGGAGAUUUACGAGCAGACCAAGAUCUCUCGAGUAUGGAGCUUCCGGGAUUUGAGCAUCGGGAUGGACCUGGAUCCGGCAAGUCGCAUCCUUCUGAUCAGCCAGAUGUCGAUCUUGACCUUGUCAUUACCAGCUACGAGGCUGGGGAGGGGAAGCCAAACCGACUGAUCUUCGAUGUCGCGAAACGCCAAGCUCGUUUAUUACCAAGUAAUCAUAUGUCAAGCCAACCACCGGCUGCGAAGAGAAAUAAAGAUGAUAACUGGGUUUGUAUACAUGUGGGCGACGAAUAUGAGAAAGACUAUCGGGCGGCAAUAGAUGCUGGAUGGGAGAGUUUUCUGAUUCCUCGAAGCGAUAGCAACGUUCCUCCCUCCGCGAAAACUAUCAACUCCUUGAUGGAUUUGAUUGAUGAGCUCGAGCUCCACCCAAAAUUCUAA